CCUGCUGCUAGUAUACCUCUGUCCUCACUCCCUGUUACCUCCACCUUACGGGCCUCGCCGGCUGCUUCUCAGAUCUGCUGCCAACGCCACCUCCCAUCUCUACCAAAUCGCAGCGUUCCUUCUACCCCUCUUCGUACCCCGCUUUGUCCCUGCUACUCGAUGGAGCCACCGGUGUGAUGGUCUCACAAGGGUAAUGGUAAUGGCUGCAGAGGUGCAGCAUGGUUGAGCGGCAAAAGACCGGAAGGAGAAGGACACCUAAGCUCUUCUCUUUUGGGUUUGCUUGCAUCUAGCAGGAAAACGCAGGGAAAAUGGCGAUGGUCCUGGAUGCUUUUGCAUCCUACGUGCAAAACAUGCUGACGGAGAUGGUGACUGAAGAGGUGCACAUGCUGCUUGGAGUCGGAGACGAGAUUGACAAGAUGGACUCCAAGCUUCGGGACAUCAAGAACUUCCUCGCCGAUGCUGAUAGGAGGAACAACACUGACAAGACCAUGCAACAGUGGGUGGCAGAGCUCAAGCGUGCCAUGUACCAAGCUUCUGACAUCCUUGACCUAUGCCAACUCAAGGCCAUGGAGCAAGGUCAAACCACCGCAGAUGUUGGGUGCUUCAGCCCCUUGCUAUUUUGCAUGCCGAACAACCCCUUGCUCUUUUGCAUGCGGAAUCCAGCCCAUGCCCACAACAUAGGCACCCGCAUCAAGGAGCUCAAUAAGAAGCUCAGCACCAUCAAGGAGCGAGGCGAUGCUUUGAACCUUAUCAAUCUUGGCCUCUACGAGGAUCGUAGCAACAGGGUGCAUGCCUCUCAUUUUGGUAUUCGCAGCCGUGAGACGUCAGGGGAAUUUGAUCGGUCGGGUGUAGUCGGCGAGAAGAUCAAAGAAAAAGCAAGAGCAAUCAUUGAUACAAUAUUGACUGAAAAAGAGGGCAACGCCAACAUCAUGGUGGUUGCCAUUGUUGGGGUCGGGGGAAUCGGUAAGACCACUCUUGCCCAGAUGGUAUUCAAAGAUGAAAGCAUUAAUGCCAAGUUCGAUAAGACAAUAUGGUUGAGCAUCAACCAGAACUUUGACAAGGUUGAACUGAUCAAGACAAUCAUCACGCUCGCCGGAGGAGAAUACGGUGGUGGAACAGCGUUGGCUGUGCUUCAGCCAAUCCUUACUGCUACCGUGAAAGGGAAGAAGCUAUUUAUAGUGAUGGAUGAUGUGUGGAUUCCCACAGCAUGGGGCGACGUGCUUGGAAGUCACUUGGCUAACGAUGUUGCUCGAGGUAGCCGAAUCCUCGUCACUACCAGAGAUGAAAGAGUUGCUCGAGGGAUGAAAGCUAUGUUUCCCUACCACCACAUUGAAAAACUAGAGGAGGAGGAUAGCUGGUCAUUGCUCAAGAAUCAGAUAGUCUCUUGUGAAACAGAUGGAAAUGAAAUUGAUACACUCAAAGAUAUUGGGUUACAAAUUGUAGCAAAAUGUGAUGGUUUGCCUCUUGCUAUCAAAGUAUUGGGAGGACUCUUGUGUCAGAAAGAAAAAAAACGCCAUGAGUGGAAGAUGGUUCUGGAUGAUUCUAUAUGGUCGGCCAAUGAAAUGCCUGAAGAGCUAAACCAUGCAGUAUAUUUAAGCUAUGAAGAUUUGCCUUCUUGCAUCAAACAAUGCCUUCUCUACUACUCCCUUCUCCCUAAAACCGCACUUUUUUAUAAACAUGACAUUAUCGGCAUGUGGAUUGGUGAAGGAUUUGUUCACGAAACCUCUGACAACUUGGAAGAGUUAGGAUCCAAGUACUACAAGGAGCUGAUAGUGAGGAACCUCAUAGAGCCAAAUGCAAAGUACCUUGAUCAAAUAGUUUGCAGCAUGCAUGAUGUUGUUCGCUCAUUUGCUCAAUUUGUGUCUAGAGAUGAGGCACUAGCGGCUCAUAGUGGAGAAACAAAUAUUAGGAGUAAAAUUAGUGCAUACAAGUUUCUUAGGUUAUCCCUAGAGAACAAAUCAUGGGAGUCAGAUGGGUUAGACUGGAGUUCUUUACAAACACAAACAAUGUUGAGAACACUAAUAUUAGUUGGCAAUAUAAAUAUGAAGUCUGGAGAUUUGCUGGCCAAGUUUUCAAGUUUAAGAACUCUAUAUGCAGAUUCAACUGGGGUUGGUGAAUUGGCUGAAUUUUUGCAUCAGUUCAAGCACUUGAGGUACUUGUGCUUGGAGAACUCUGAUAUAGCUUCUCUACCGGAUAACCUUGGACAGCUGAAAUUCUUGCAGUUCAUUAGCCUCUGUGGAAGCAAACAAUUUGUGGAACUUCCUCAUAGCAUUGUGCAGUUAAGUCAGCUAAGGUAUCUUAACUUCCAUGGUACAAGUAUAUGUGGCAUACCUAAGGGGUUCUGUGUUCUAACAAAUUUGAGGAUAGUAUUUGGAUUUCCAGCAGUAGAGGAUGGUGAUUGGUGCAGUCUGGAAGAGUUGGGCCCUCUUUAUCAGCUCACUGACAUUGGACUACAGGGAUUAGAGAAUGUAACUGCGCCAUCAUCUGCAGCAAAGGCAAAGCUUGGCGAGAAGGUGCAUCUUACCACCAUACGCUUAAGGUGGCAUAGUAGACUGGGAGAUGAUGGGAAGAUAAAAGAGGAAGAUAGUGUCUCUGAGGAAGAGCAAGAAAAAACUGAGAAGGUGUUUGAUGAGCUCUGUCCCCCGCCCAACAUAGACUUUCUUAUCAUCCGCGGGUAUUUUGGCCGACGGCUCCCAACAUGGAUGAUGUCAUCGACAGUUGUGUCGCUCAAGACCUUGAGGUCACUGAUGAUUGAAGACUUGGCUUGCUGCACACUACUUCCUGAUGGCCUGUGCCAGCUCCAGUAUUUAGAAUUCAUUCAGAUCAAAGGUGCUCCAUCCAUUAAGCGUGUUGGGCUUGAAUUCCUACAGUCCAACCAUCACCAAAGUAUGCCCCCUUCCCAUGUGCCAGUUGCUUUUCCUAAAGUGCAUACGAUGAAUUUAACGAAGAUGGUGGAAUGGGAGGAGUGGGAGUGGGAGGAGCAAGUGCAAGCUUUUCCUGUCUUGCGGGAACUUCUUCUAAAGCACUGUAAAUUGACUAGUCUUCCUCCCGGCCUAUCCUCCCAGGCAAAGGCUUUAAAUACAUUAAUGAUACACUUUGUCCAGGGUCUCACAUAUGUAGCGAGCUUUGCAUCCGUGGUCAGGAUGGAAGUAGGUCCACUUCCAGACCUGGUGAGGAUCACUAAUCUUCCCAGAUUGCAAAUUCUAAGAAUCAUAUACUGCCCAAAAUUGAAGGUGCUAGAGGGUGUUCCUGCACUCCAGACGCUCAUGAUCGAUGAUAAAGACAUGGAGACACUCCCGAAAUAUAUGAGAGGUAUAAGUCCAAUGUGUUUGGAGCUAUACUGCAGCCUAGCGUUGCUCUAUUCCAUAGCCGCAGGACCAUCUGGCCCUGAAUGGGACAAGUUCAGCCACAUUGAGCAUGUGAAGGUAUAUGCACGUGAAGGAGAUAUGGUAAAGAAAUGGUAUGUCUUAUACACAGCCAACCCCUAUAACUUGGAGACAAAUGUGAGCCGAUCUUUCAUGUCUGCAGGAACCUUGUCUUGUUUUGGGGACGCGCAAAGAUUUGAGUAUGUCUUCAAAAUGACAAGAAAAACAUUUGACUACAUCUGCAGCUUGGUGAAAGUGCCGUCAUUGGAAGAUAUGGACAGCUACACAUUUGUUGACGGGAGGAUACUAUGUUUAGAAGAUCGAGUGGCAGUUGCUCUGAUAAGGCUGUACUCAAAUGAGCCAUCAGAGACGUUGGGAUCCUCUUUUGGUGUGCAUGAGUCGACCAUCAAGUUGGUAACUGAUAGCUUCAUUGCAGCUAUAUGCAAGGGAGCGAUGCACCACAUGUACUGGCCACACUCCAGUAAAAUGGAUAAGAUCAAAUCCAGGUUUGGCAAGAUCCACAACAUGCAUAAUUGCUGCGGUGUCAUAUGUACAACUCAUGUCCCAUUUGGGCCAACCUGCGACCAUGAGAAGAAUGUCAGCAUUCUAAUGCGAGCCAUCGUUGAUCCAGAGAUGAGGUUCAUGGAGAUUUGGUUGGAAUGGGAAGGUAGCAUGAACUGGUCUAGCGACCUGCAGGGCUGUGAUCUCUUCAAGGAGUGUGAGGAGGGUGUUUAUCUGAAUGGCAGUAAGCUGAAGGUAGCAUUAGAUGGAUCGGAAGUCGGGGAAUACCUAAUUGGUGAUGCAGGUUACCCCCUUCUCCCAUGGUUACUCACACCUUACCCGGAAGAAGACCUCUCUGACUCAAGGGCGGAGUUCAAUAGCAGACACUCUGCAGCCACAACCCGCCUGACCAAGGUGUUGGCAAGGUUUCAAGACACGUGGAAAUUCCUAGAGGGGCAGACUUCGUGUCCAGCCAAUGUGGAGAGUCUAGCUGAGGCAAUCUAUGCCUGCUGCAUGUUGCAUAACAUAUUCAUAGAUAUGGAGAAUGAUGAAGCAAUGCCGGGUAUUGAGGAGCCAGAUUACUGUGAGGAAGUGCGCCAGUUAGCAGAUGAGGAUGCUGCCAAAGCAAGGGAUAUGCUGUCGCAGUACUUCUGGGCCAGCAUGACGUCCGCAUCGGGAGUCGGCCCAGUGGAUAUAGAGGACCCAGGAGCAGUUUCAUCAGGCUCAGGGGACAAAGGCAACAACGAACAAGAAAUGCAGACAAGAACAGCAGAGGAAGAGAGACAAUGCUAGGUACAUCUUGCAGCUUCAUCGUAGGUGAAAGGGAGGCCUUCAUCGUCCUGGUUGGAGCUUUUGAAUGCAUGAAUCCAGAGCAGCCCAUGCAAUGGAGCCAGAGACUAAUAUGAUGCUGCAACAUAAGUUCAAAUUCAGGAUUUUAUUUUUAAGAGGAUGGCCAUCUAUUUGGCAAACAAAGUGUUGUGUAAUCCGUAUUUCUUUACGUGUUGAAAAACGACUGUGUGAACUGUAACUGAUUUUCAUCCAUCAGUUGAUGUAAACU